CAACCUCCAAUGGAAGUCAGAAAAUGACGAACUUUGAGGUGAUGGAGAGAAUCCAAUUUCCCGUAUAGAUUGGGCAAUGACCACUGUACGAGAAACAAACAAGUCUUUCAUUGUUUUUAUUCUUCGAAAAAACGUUAACAUAUGAAAGUCUUGCAUCAACGUUCAUUUGUUUUACACUGGUAAAUUAGUUCCCCAAGCCCACGCUUUUGAGCUUUCAUGAAGUUCAUGGCUACUCUAAUCCUGUUCGUCCUCUCUUUGGCAUUACUUCUUCCAUUGACAUCAACUUUUUCCACUUUGCGUAAAGGUUCAUCUCUUUCCACAGAGAAACCAGAAGAUGUUUUAUCUUCACCAAAUGGUGUCUUCUCCGCCGGCUUUUACCCCGUCGGUGAAAAUGCCUACUGCUUUGCCAUAUGGUUCAACCACUCAUCCCAGAGUCAACCCCACACCAUAGUUUGGAUGGCCAAUCGAGAUCAGCCAGUUAAUGGAAGGCGCUCGAAGCUCUCCCUCCUUAAAACCGGCAAUCUUAUCUUAACCGACGCCGGUAAGUUCACCGUCUGGACCUCAGACACUCUUUCACGCUCACCGCUACAAUUAUUACUCUAUAACACCGGUAAUCUUGUUCUACGUACUUUGAAAGGCGUUAGUUUGUGGCAAAGCUUUGAUUUCCCCACAGACACCCUUCUUCCCCAACAACAACUCACCAGAAACACAAGGCUUGUCUCCUCAAGAAGCCAAGGCAACUAUUCCUCUGGCUUCUACAAGCUUUUGUUCGACAACAAUAACCUUCUCCGCCUUCUCUUUGAUGGACUUGAGAUUUCAAGUAUUUAUUGGCCUUAUCCAUGGCUUGUGAGCCGGGCUGCUGGAAGGUCGACGGACAACAAGAGUAGAAUUGCGGUGCUUGAUUGGUUGGGGAAUUUUAGUUCGUCCGAUCAAUAUAAUGUGAUGUCAGCUGACAAUGGGGUAGUGCUUCACAGAAGAUUGACGGUUGAUUACGAUGGGAAUAUUCGACUCCACAGUUGGGAAGAGGAGGAGGGUACGUGGGUCAUUUCAUGGCAAGCCAUUCAGCAACCUUGCACGAUUCAUGGUAUUUGUGGGCCCAACGGUAUAUGCAGCUAUGUUGCUGAUUCUGGUAGGAAAUGCUCCUGCAUUCCUGGAUACAAGAUGAAAAAUCACACCGAUUGGUCUUAUGGGUGUGAACCCAGAUUUAAUCUCUCUUGCAACAAAAAUGACUCUGCCUUUCUGCUGCUAUCCCAUGUUGAAUUCUAUGGUUAUGAUUUUGGGUAUUUCCCCGAUUACACAUUAACUCAAUGUAAGAAUUUAUGCCUGCGAUGGUGCAAUUGCAAAGCUUUCCAAUUCAAAUUUGACGAUGAUGCUGGUUUUUCGAAAUGUUACCCCAAGACGACAUUGCUCAAUGGGCAUCGUUCGCAAGCUUUCAAGGGAGAUCUCUAUUUGAGAGUGCCUGAAAGCAAUCGCCUCUCCUACGCCAAUUCCGUAGAAGAAUUCCGUUUGGAUUGCUCAAGUCAAGGUACAGUCAAACUGGACAGAACGUAUGUGAAAAGCCGUCCAAAUGGGACGGUGAAAAUCAUGCUCUGGUUUGCAUGUGGGUUGGGAGGGCUUGAAGUCGUCUGUAUCGUUUUGGUUUGGUGUCUCUUGAUUAGAGGCCAGCAAAGUUGGAGCGCAGACAAGCAAGGCUAUCUCCCUGCUGCCACCGGAUUCAGAAAAUUUACCUAUGCCGAGCUAAAGAAGGCCACAAAGGGUUUUAGUGAGGAGAUUGGGAGAGGUGCUGGAGGAACUGUAUACAGAGGAGUAUUGUCUGACAGUCGAGUUGCAGCAAUCAAGCGCCUUAAUGAAGCUAAUCAAGGGGAAAGUGAAUUUCUUGCAGAAGUAAGCAUCAUUGGGAGGAUUAACCACAUGAACUUGAUAGAGAUGUGGGGUUAUUGUGUUGAGGGAAAGCAUAGGAUUUUGGUGUACGAGUACAUGGAGCAUGGUUCUUUGGCUGAAAACCUUUCUUCUAAUUCACUUGAUUGGAAGAAAAGGAUUGAAAUUGCUUUAGGAACUGCCAAAGGCCUGGCUUAUUUGCAUGAAGAGUGCUUGGAGUGGGUUUUACACUGUGAUGUGAAACCUCAAAACAUACUCCUAGACUCUAAUUAUCAUCCAAAGGUGGCAGAUUUUGGACUUUCUAAACUCCAAAACAGAAGUGGCCUCAAGAAUUCAAGCUUCUCAAGGAUAAGAGGAACCCGAGGAUACAUGGCUCCGGAGUGGAUCUUCAAUCUGCCCAUCACCUCCAAAGUAGAUGUUUAUAGCUACGGGAUUGUUGUGUUGGAGAUGGUGACUGGAAAGCAAACACAAAUGGGUAUCAACGCAAUGGAUGGUUGUGGGGAGACAGAAGACAGAAGGCUGGUUACAUGGGUUAGGGAGAAAAUUAAGAACGGAAAGGCUGCAACAACGGCCUCCUGGAUGGAAGAGAUCAUAGAUCCCGUAUUGGAAGGCACAUAUGAGAUGGGUAAGAUGGAAAUCUUGGUUGGAAUGGCUCUGCAGUGUGUAGAGGAAGACAAAGAUGCAAGACCCUCCAUGAGUCAAGUAGUUGAGACGCUUCUUAGCCAUGAAAAUGAUCAUUAUAAUUAAAAACUAUCUCAUGUUUUAGUGCCUAAAUAAUUUGUUUCUUAGGAGUUUGUCUUCGUGCAGGCAUAGUUGUGGUCGUAUCGAUCAUCCAAUAAAUGGGUUCGAGUAAUUAGGCCACUAUACACGUACAUUUGAUAUCAUGACUAUUUUGUGAAACCUGUAGUGUUAUCCAGCUCUUCGGCCGUACGUGUAAUGUUUAUGUGUUUGAUUAAUGCAGUUUAAUUAAUGUAGUAUGUAGUAUUGGGUUGGUGCUAAUGUUUCUUGUGUUUGAAUACUGUUAAGAAUAUUACUUGUUAUUUACUUCUUUAGGU